UACCUGAUGUAGUGCACUCUUACAGGAAGUAGGGAGUUAUUUGGGAUUCAGCCUGUAGCAAACAGAGAGAACUGGAGAUUAAAGUGGUACUUAAGUGAAGACUUUUAAAAACAAGGCAGAAGUUUAAGUUGACAUUCCAGGUGAAGUAUUUUAAGCAUUAACGGAUCAAAUGGAUUUUCCAAAACUGCCACCCCAUGAUGGACCCUUUUUGUCUGUGGUUGACAUGCACACUGGAGGAGAACCUUUACGUGUCAUUGUAAGUGGUUACCCCAAAGUGAACGGGGACACUGUGCUCGCCAAGCGGCGGUAUGUACGAGACCAUCUUGAUCAUCUUCGUAAAGUGCUGAUGUUCGAGCCCCGUGGUCACUAUGACAUGUACGGAGCCUUAUUGGUUGAAAGCGAGAUACCAGAAGCGGAUCUCGGGGUUUUGUUUAUGCACAACGAGGGUUACAGCACCAUGUGUGGCCACGCCGUCAUUGCUCUCGGCCGUUUUGCUAUAGACUACGGUUUGGUGAAGAUGCUGACUUCACCUGAGACCCAAAUAAACAUCCAUUGUCCAUGCGGUCUGGUGAAGGCUUUUGUGGAAUAUAGCAACGGUAAAACGGGAGCAGUGAGGUUCCACAGCGUUCCGGCGUUUGCUUUCGCCACAGACGUGAAAGUCACCGUUCCAGGAUAUGGUGAAAUCACAGUGGACGUAAGCUAUGGAGGAGCUCUCUACGCUUUCGUGAAUGCUGAAAUAUUUGGACUGGAUGUCAAUAAAUCUAGAACCAGAGAUUUGGUGGAUGCAGCCACUGCUGUAACUAAUGCUGUCAAAUCUCAGGUGAGGCUCCACCAUCCUGUGAGUGAAGACCUGGCUUUCCUAUAUGGCACCAUCCUCACCGAUGGUAAAGAUGAUUUCUCUGAUGAACCUACAGCCAACGUGUGCGUGUUUGCUGAUGCCCAGGUGGACAGAAGCCCCACCGGUUCAGGUGUGACUGCUCGCAUUGCUCUGCAGUACCACAAAGGUCUGAUCCAGCUGCACAAGACCAGGAGCUUCAGGAGCGGAACUACAGGAACUAUAUUUACAGGCAAGGCAGUACAGGAGACCACAUGUGGGGAGUUCAGUGCAGUGGUGGUGGAGGUCGCAGGCCAUGCUUACUACAGCGGCAUGGCCAGUUUCACUCUGGAGAACGAGGAUACCUUGAAGAAUGGCUUCCUCCUUCGAUGAGUCUGCCUAAAUGCCCCAACAAGCUGGAUUUUUUUUUUUUAAAUCAAUUGGUGUCCUUUUCCAUGUUUCAUUAAGGAUCAUAACUGCCAGGAUGCACAUGCUACCUCCGUUUCAUAUUUCCUUUGUCAGAAGAAGGCAGUUCUAUUUUGUAACAAAUUAAUCAUGUGCACAAGUUCGACAGACCAAGGCUUACUAACUCGUUAUAUGAGUAGCAUGCUGUGUGAGCACAAUCGCUAUCAGGCGCGUUAAAAUGUAAAUAACUUUUUCUAGAAUUUCACCGAAACUCAUUGAAUUUUCAGCAUUGUAAGAGAACUCCCUAAAGUAUUAUUCAGCAAAACCCCAGAAUGAUAGCACAAAUCUAGUUUUUAACAGAAUUUUAGUUCUUAAAAUUUAACGUAAUUAUGGACGUCACGCGUAACAUUUACACCCGUGAAAAAUCACUUUGAAUGCGGUUUUGAAAGUUUUGAUCAAAUAUUCUCUAUAAUAAAAAAAAAUAAAUCGCUUAAAUAUUAUAAACAGUCUUUUAAUGUAUCAAAAAAUAAUUUUGAUAAAGAAAGGAAAUUCGGAAGAAAAUUUGUUUUUUCUAGUGCUGUCAAAAAUGUCGCGUUAACUUGACUCAGUUUUAACGGCGAUAAUUUUUUUUAUCGCGAGAUUAACGCUCUGUGACAUGAUGCCACGCCCCGCACAGCCACAGUCCUCUGCCCUCCCCCGAAGAGCCACGGUGCUCGGCUUAAGUUUCGUUUUCCCAUCGGCGGCUCCAGCCCCACUUUGCAGUGGCUGUGACAAGACGUGUUAUGCUCUGCAAUAAAAAAAAAAAAACAUUGGUACAACCAGUGUUCGAACUAUGCCGAUAUUUUCAGGGGGGUCCCUUAUUUUCCCUUGGGGGGGUGCUUGCGCUUGUCUCAGAGCGCAGAUCUCCAUCGCGCGCUCACUUCGGAUAUGCAAAUGCUUCCCGUUACACACGAUUGCUGUGUCAAUAAACAUCAUUUUGCCAAUAUUUUAGAGACCCCCCCCAACAUUUCCCAAAUCAUGUUUUCAAGGGAUCUCAUGUCUGUUUCAGGGGAUCUCGGAUCCCUCUUGUACCCCCGUAGUUCGAACGGUGAGCAAGCCCAUUCACUUUUUUAUGCUGAUAAGAGAAUUACAAUGGUUUUUCAUGUGACAAAAAUGUGCGAUUAAAUUGCGAUUAAUCGCGAGUUAACUAUGACAGUCGCGACAUUAAUCGCGAUUAAAUAUUUUAAUCGCUUGACAGCACUAGUUUUUUCUUUCGCUUGUUGUGCGCGUCACGCUACCAAAAUCUAACUAACCCCUUCACGAACAAUUCCAACUUUCAUGGACUUGUAGCGCAAAUAAACCUUUCAAAAAAUAUAUAAUACUUCUCACCCAGUAAAUUAGAAUCCUGGUGAUUUAUAUCCUCGUAGCUUCAGUAGAUCUAGAGAUUUAGUCGAUUUAGUAAAUCCCAAACGCUGUGAAACACGCCAGCCAUCUAUGGUGAGAAGUGCUGCUGUAGUUGAGAAACUCUCAUUUCUCCCGCUUCCAAUUAACUCCGUGACCCAGACCAAAAUAACAAUGUCACGCUCAUCACUUAAGGAUGAUUUAUGCCAAGUUUCACGGAAAAAUACAGCGAAAUAAACUUGCUAGAAGCAUUUUUCAAAAUCCCAAACAUUAUGAAACAUUUCUUGUAGGGUUUCAGGUUACAAAUUUCGAGAAUAGAGAUAUUGCGGCGCAAAAGUUUGCCACUAAACUCGCGACAAUACUCCAUCCUAGCGAGUUUCACAACCGAACUAGGCUACAUGACAGUCCAUGACCACCCAGGAAUGUUCUAGAAGGUACGCUUCUAGGCACGUGCGAUCGAGAAAGAUGCCACGUGAAGGUAGUAAAGGUAGUAUUUCCACUGUCUUAUGACGUUUUUGCUUGUUUUAGCACGAUAAACAAUGCAUUAUGGGUAAUCAUUAAAAUGCUGAUUUCAAGGUUAAAAUGGGUAAAAACAACUAAUUUAUAUAGAUAUUGUAAAAAUUGUGCCUACAUAAAAUCAAAACCUAAAUUUUUAAUUUUUUUCCUUAUAUGGACCCUUUUCACGUGACGUCAUGACAAACGUGGCUGCCAUUUUGGACAUGUACUACCAGUAGUUUACCACAGCCAACAUUGAGGAACGGCAGCAAAGAAAGUUUUUACUUUCAGCAAGACUUCCAUCAUGCCACUAUACUGUUGUGCACCUGGAUGUAGUAACCAUCAACAAACAAGGCAAGGGUUAUCAUUUUAUCGGAUCCCGACGGAGAAGAUGGAUAGCGGCCAUUAACAGGAAAGAUUGGCAGCCCUCGGCAUACCAACGCUUGUGUAGUGACCACUUUGUUGGAGGCAAGAUGAAUAAAAUUAGCCAGAAAAGGCUUUACAUUGCUGUUAACAUUCUGUGGCGGCAAGUGUAUAACCAAAUAGGUUAAAAUAACCCAUUGUAACCUCUUUGUUCUUCUGUAGUAGCUAUUGUUGACUAGCUAAUAACAACAACAUAGCUGGUAUGUUACUGUAGCAAUGUUUACGUUCAGUCAUUUGGAUGACUGUUAAAACCUUUCAGUCUCAAGUUUUUCCUUUACUGUAUUUACUAGUUUACUGUAAUUAUGAUCCGGCAGCUAUUUACACCGGAUCCAGUGUAAAUAGCUGCCGGAGCCAACGUUCGAGGUUCCGGAGCGCGCUCCGGCUUGCUCCCCCUCAAAUUAAGCAGCGCGCUCCAGCUUG